UUCUCGGGACCGGCUACUUGUUUGUCAGGUUUUGAGCGUCGCUGUUUAACCGGCUUUAACCCGGUGAUAUUUAUAUUAUUUUCGAGUUUAAUUUACUUUUUCGAUAUUUUUGAUAAACUCGUGCGCAAACCCAAUCGCGUCUGUUAUAUAAAGGUCAUCGUCUCACUUUCUCUCUCUCCGCGUUCCACUAAUAAAGUGAAGCGUCUCCCUCGUGUGCUACUCCGCUUCAGGAUUUUCCCGAGAAAAGUUUCAGCGAGAAAAUUUCUGACGUAACUUGCGUUCUUUGACGGAAGGCGUGAAUCAAUUUAGAAAAGCCAUUGUUACAGAAAGUAGAAUCUAUCCAGAUUUUCUCUGCCUCAUAUAGGAAUUUUUUUCCAAUGGAGGUGAAAGUAGCUUCCACUUCUACCUUCCUUCAAUUCGCGGCUCAUCCUUCUUCCUCUUCCCCUUCUCAAACACUAGCUUCCGGGGCCAUAUCAACCCCUUCAAGACGACGGAGCACCACCGUACACGAUGGACGGUUUCUAUCAUGUCGUUUCGUGAACCGUUCGUCUCUCUUCGGAUCUCCGUCGACGAAGCUCCACCGUUCCAAAUCCUGCGAGCUAUGGGAACCAUCUAGACCAACCAAAUCCCAGUCGAUUCGAAGAGUUUGCAGCGCGAGCUUAGGUCCCUUCUCCGAUGAGGAGUUUUCGAAAAAAAUCCAGGAGCUAACUCUCAGAUUCAAUGUCUCCGAGGACGAAGAUAGAGUUACGAACAGCGAUUCCGAUCUGAUGAUAAUCCACGAUCAUAGUUACACCUCAAUGGAGAAACCUAAUUUACUAAUUCGAGAUUCAAUCGAGCCGCCAUGGCACGAGACGGUGCAUUUCUCGAGCAUCGAAAUGAAAGCAAACAGCGUCGAUCUUCCUCUCUCGCUUCGGAUCAUAAAGAAGAAGCGAAGACAGUGGGAAGAAGGAGCUAAACAAGCCGGAGAAUCCGCGUGUGGCUCGAUGAACAAAGCCUUCUCGUCAAUGGUGUUCAUGAUUCGAGAGCUCCAAAGCUUUACUCUACAUAUGAGAGAGAUUUUAUUCUACGAAGACUUGCAAGGGAUACUGCAACGAGUGAGAGAAGAGAUGCACGCAUCGUUCGUUUGGUUGUUCCAACAAGUCUUCUCAGCGACGCCUACGUUGAUGGUUUACGUCAUGAUCCUCCUCGCGAAUUUCACGGUUUACUCGAUCGUUAGCAACAACCCCGCUUUAGCCGCCGCUCCUCAUCCUCCGACGACCACCGUAACAACCGCCAUUGAAACAAACGAGAAGUUCGAUUCCUCGAUGGUGAAAACGUUCUUUGUAUCGUCUCCCAACGGGAAUACAGCUUCCGUCGGCGGUAACAAUAACGGCGGCGGAGGAAACAUCCGGCCGGUGUUAAGCGGAACAGACGGUGAUGGAUUCGAUGGAUCAGAACAGUUCAGAACAAUCAUACCGGAAGGAGCUUCACAGUUGUCAUCAUCAUCGACAUUCGGGUUAACGACUAAUACAGAGUCGGAGACAUCAGUAUCGGGACAAGAUGAACUUAGGCUAUGGAACUCGAUAGUGGAUGAAGCAGAGAAAAUGCAGUAUUCGAAGAUAGACAAUGCGUUGGAUCACGAGACGAGGAUGCGGUUUGUUUCUCCUUUGGAUGCUCGAGUAGAAGCAGAGGAACACAUGGAUUACUUCAAAACAGAGCUUUUGUACCAAACAGGAUUGUCUCAGGAGCCUAAUAAUCCUCUCCUACUCGCUAACUAUGCUCAGUUCCUCUACAUCGUCUCUAAUGACUAUGACAGAGCGGAAGCGUACUUCAAGAGAGCGGUAGGAGUGGAACCGAAAGACGCGGAGGCGCUAAGCAAAUACGCGACGUUCUUAUGGAGAGCACGGGACGAUCUUUGGGCGGCUGAGGAGACUUUCUUGGAAGCAAUCGAUGCCGAUCCGACCAACUCUUUCUACGCCGCUAAUUACGCUAAUUUCUUGUGGAACACCGGCGGUGACGAGACGUGUUUCCCUCUCGACGAGUCUCAGGAAGACAACACCAUCUAGAUAAGACUGUCCAACAUCAAAAGUCUCUCUAAAUAAACAUUCUAUACGACUAAUGAAUAUAUACAUAUAAAUAUGUGCAUACCUUGUAUGUAUUUAUGCAUGUUUGUUAUGGCCUAUAUAUGUCACUAAAGAACUGUGGGUAAAAAGUGUUAAUCCUUAUGGUUACGAUCAGUUUAGUGAAAGGAAGAGAGUAUCUUCGGGUUCUGGUUUGGUAUGGUAGUUGUUGUGCAUGUGACUGAGUUAGAUAGAGCACGUGAGAUUGGAGCAGAUCCCACCGCCUGUAGUUAUGGGUCUUCAGUUUCACCUAUGUGUGGUAGAAAGUGUCCUCUAUUGUUUUUUUUGGGUAUAUUCUGUUUUUUUUGUCGACUUUUGGUAUAUUCAACACAUUUGUUCUA